AUGCGACCUACCAACUACCUACCGAGACCAAACCUUUUGGUUUCGGCCUUUGCCUCGAUCUCAAUCUACGGUGCUGUCGCGAUGGCCCAAGACAACAAGGACGACAAUAAAGACGAUGCUAAGAACAACGACCCCUCUGCUGUGCCGGCCCCCGCUGCUGAACCAACCGAUGCGAAGAACGGUGAUGCUGCCGAGUCUGCCAAAGAGGCAAGUGACGAAAAGAAGCCCGAGCCUGCCAGCGAAACAAAAGACAGCGCAAAGCCUGCAUCAACUCAAGAAACAAAGGAUGAAGCACCCUCGAAAACAGAGGAGAAGGACGAUGAACCUGCAUCCACUGAGGAGGAAGAUUCGGCCACCACUGUAACAGGAGAGGGUCCGACAAAAACCGAAGAUAUUCAAUCUAAAAUCACGGCUAUUGCUGAGACUGGUACCGAAGAAGCCAUGCCUACUUUGACAAGGUACAAGCCAAUUCCCACUUAUCCAGCUCCUUCCGUUCCACCCACAAAUAACGCACCUUUCAUGCGACACUCAAGUGCCCCUGACGGGACUGUCUUCAUCGCCGUCGGGGCGAUUCUGGGUGCGCUUGGCCUUGGCAUUCUUCUUUGGCGUCUUAUCGUUGGCAUCCUUCUACAUCGAUCGGUGGACCGAGCUGCCAAAGCUCAGCACGAUGAAACCGCAAAGACAGCUUUUCCUGCACCUCCUGCGCCUUUUUACAAGUAUACCGAUACCGGCUCUACUAUGUCGCUCUCGGCUGGACGUGGCGUACGACGAACUAAUAGAGGACCUGUUCUCUCAUCGGCCCCCAGUGCCUCUAACUUGUUCUUCUCCCCGACAGCUGCGGCGUCGAACAAUGGGCCGGGUAAUCGUAGCUCUGCUUUCUUGCCUUCUGGUUUUUAUGCCGCCGGCACUAGCUCUCCUGGUGGCCAGCACGAUCACAGCAUCAGCAUGACCAACCUGCGUCCUGAUUCUCGAGGCUACUUUGGUACUCCUACGAGGCCCAGUCCCCCCGACUCACCAUCAUUCCAAGCCCGAAGAGACAUCAGCAACUCGACUCUCAAUCUGAACCGACCACCAAGUCAGCGUGCCCCUAGCGCUUUCCUCGAAGAUCUUCUCGCCGAUGAUCCUUCAAGUCUGCCGCCUCCUCAUAUGCCUGGCGCAGCUGCUAGGCGCUCAUCGCAUGGCAGUGGCUCUCCCGGUGCACAUAAUCGGGUUUAG